AAAAUUUGCCAGAGUGGGGAAAGGAAAGGGUAUUUAGAAAUGGCGGACGUAUGUAGUGGUCAAAGUGUGAUGGAUUUGCAAACAGAAAUGCAAAACAGUGCAGUGGAUCGUUUAAAAAGACUUUAUCCUGCAGUCAAUGAAGAAAAGACUCCUCUCCCAAGAGCAUGGAGCACUAAGGAUAAAUACACAUAUAUUGGGCUAUCCCAAACCAAUUUGCGUGUGCAUUAUAAAGGUCAUGGCAAAACUCACAAAGAUGCUGCGAGUGUUCAAGCUACCCAUCCAAUACCAGCAUCUUGUGGUCUGUAUUAUUUUGAAGUAAAGAUUGUGAGCAAAGGUCGAGAUGGAUAUAUGGGUAUUGGCUUGUCAGCUCAAGGAGUUAACAUGAAUCGUUUGCCAGGAUGGGAUAAACAAUCCUAUGGGUAUCACGGUGACGAUGGUCAUUCAUUCUGUUCAUCCGGAACGGGACAGCCAUAUGGACCAACAUUUACAACGGGUGAUGUUAUUGGUUGCGGAGUAAAUUUGAUCGACAGCACUUGUUUUUACACUAAAAAUGGGCAUUACCUUGGCACUGCCUUCAGAGACCUUCCGCCUAAUUUAUAUCCGACCGUUGGUUUGCAAACUCCAGGUGAAGUUGUAGAUGCGAAUUUUGGACAAGAACCUUUCGUUUUCGAUAUCGAAGAUAUGAUGAGAGAAUUGAGAUCACGAACCAGAAUCGAAAUAAACGAUUUUCCCGUGCCAGAAAGUCAAGGAGAGUGGCAAGCCACAUUAAACAAAAUGGUAUCCACGUAUCUUGUGCAUCAUGGAUAUUGUAAUACAGCAGAAGCUUUUGCCCAUAUUACUGAACAGCCAUUCAAUGAAGAUAUAGGAUCUAUCAAGAACAGACAAAAAAUCCUGAAGUUGGUACUGGCUGGUCGAAUGGGCGAAGCGAUCGAGAAAACUAGUCGAUUGUAUCCGGGCCUUUUAGAAAACAACCAGAAUUUGUUGUUUAUGCUCAAAUGCCGUCAGUUCGUGGAGAUGGUAAAUGGAUCUGACAUAGAAAUAUGCCACAAGAAAACUAGCGUAUGUGGUUUGUCGCCAAACAGUCAACAAAUGUCCGUAAUACAAUCUACUAAAUGUUUAAAGAAUAAGAGUGGUUCACAAGAAUCCAUUGAUGAAAUGAAUAGAAAUAACACUGCCAGAAACGGUAGCAACUGUACCAAUGAUUCGCCAAUAAUCAGCACGGAUGAUUGCGAAAUGGAAGAAAUGGACGCAUCCGACGAAGUACAGAACGGACAUGGAGAAUCUUGUAUCAACGGUAAAAGUAGCACAUCUAGUAAUAACGGAUAUCAAAAUGGUAACAGUAGUAAUAAUAUUGACGAGGCACCAGAAAUUCUUACUACCUGCUGUGAUAACGAAGAAGAAGAUAUGGAUGUAGACGUACCGUGUCGUAAAAGUAAUACAAAACAAUCUGUAGAAAGGAUAUUAGAUUUUGGCAGAGAAUUAUACAGUAUGAGUCAGAGGUUAAAAAUCGAUAAAAGUAGUAAUAAUAUCAACGAAAAAAUGCUGGAAGACGCAUUUAGUUUAUUAGCAUAUUCAAAUCCUUGGGCUAGUCCCGUUGGAUGGCAAUUAGAACCCACACAGAGGGAAUCAGUAUGUGCAUCUUUAAAUUCUGCAAUUUUAGAAUCAAAUAGUAAACCAAGAAAACCUCCUCUAGAGGUCGCGAUGGCACAUGCCCAAGAACUGGUACGGCUGAUGUCGUCGUCGGGUCUCGGUUCGUGUGCCUUCGCAUCCCUCAUCGACAUACUCGAUCAGUGAUCGUUGUUUUUGCACCCCCACCUUACCCCGCAGAUGCAGGUGACGCACUAACUGCCGUUCUCUAUUCCACAAGCAUGGUCCAGAAUCGGCGAACUCAAUCGCUAGCGUAAGUUCGCUUGCCGCAAGAGGAACAGGUACUUACUCUCCAAGUUCUUUUUAAUUUUGUGAAUUUUUAAAUGUCAGUGUGUAUAUUUCUCAAAUGGAAAAGGCGGUAGACCGGUGGAAAAGAACGGAUUGUGUUCUCUCAAAAGCCAUUAAAGACGUUACGUGAUAAUUAACAAUAAAUUGAAUACAAAAAAUUACUAGGGUCAUUCGUAAUAUAAGGUUCCGUAUGCCGCCUGAGAAAUAGCGCGACGUAGUGAGAGAAAUCUGGCAACACUGCCUUAGACAUCAACUCUCCCUCUCUUUCACCCCACCACUUUCUCCUCUUCGAAGGCUGUUAGGCCGACACUGGGUAAUGCAGCGAGGCAAAAGUGAGGUAAGAGAGAGGGAGAAUUGAUGUGUAAGGCAGUGUUGCCAGAUUUCUGCCAGUACGUUGUAGUCUUUCUCAGCAGCAUAGGAAACCUUAUUUUAUGAAUGAUUCUAGUACACUGGGGUGCAAAAUUAACCGGACACCUUAAAAAUGGGUCAUUUUUUGAUGUCUCGAAUUUUCUAAACCUGUUAUCCGAUUUAAGUGAUUUUUUAUUAUGUUAUAGCCUUAUUUUUUAACAAUAUCGCUGUAAUAAUAUUGAUGCUAAACAGGUAAAUUUUCAUUGUAUACCGGGUGUACCAAUCAAACUGUGUUUUUUUUUCUAAAAGUUCGGAACACCCUGUGGAAUAUUCUAGCAAAUAUAAAAUACUCAAAUUAAAACUCAACUAUAGCCUCAUGUUUUCUCAACAUUUUGUUUUUUGAUUCAUUCGCUUACAUGAGAUCAUAAAAAGUUGGUACUUUUAACAACUAGCCAUGUUUUUCAUCAAUACAGUGUGUUUUUAAAUAAGUAUGACACACCUUAAGGGAUAAUUCUACAUGAAAAAAUAAUGACAGUUUGCUUUAUAAACCUAUGCCGGCAAAUGCUUCGUUUCUGAGAUACAGGGUGUUGAAAUUUCUCUUACAAACUGAAGAUUUAUUUAUUGCUUUAAAACCGGUUGAGAUAUGCAAAUGAAAAUUGGUGGGUUUUAAGACGUAGUUACUGUACAUUUUUUGACGUACAAGCAGGAAUUAAAUAUUCACCAUUGGCGCGCAUACGGGUAAUAUGACGGCUCAUAUUACUCGUAUGGGCGCCAAUGGUGAAUAUUAAUUUCUUACUUGUAUGUCAAAAAAUGUACAAUAACUACGUCUUAAAACCCACCAAAUUUCAUUUGCAUAUCUCAACCGGUUUUUAAGCAAUAAAUAAAUCUUCAGUUUGUAAGAAAAAUUUCAACGCCCUCUAUCUCAGAAACGAAGCAUUUGCGGACACCGUUUAUAAAGCAAUCUAUCAUUAAUUUUCAUGCAGAAUUACCCCUUAAGGUGUGUCAUACUUAUUUAAAAACACACUGUAUGGAUGAAAAACAUGGCUAGUUGUUAAAGUACCUAACUUUUUUAUGAUCUCAUGUAAGCGAAUGAAUCAAAAAACAAAAUGUUGAGAAAACAUGAGGCUAUAGUUGGAUUUUAAUUUUAGUAUUUUAUAAAUGCUAGAAUAUUCCACAGGGUGACGCGAACUUUGAGAAAAUAACACAGUUUGAUUGGUACACCCGGUAUACAAUGAAAAUUUAACUGUUUAGCAAUAAUACUCGUACAGCGAUAUUGUUAAAGAAUAAGGCUAUAUAAUUAUAAUAUAUUAAAAAAAUCACUUAAAUCGGACAACAGGUUCAAGAAAUUCGAGACAUCAAAUAUGACCAAUUUUUAAGGUGUCCGGUUAAUUUUGCACCCCAGUGUAUAUAACCAAGACGAUAAUAAUUGUAAAUUCACCAUUGUUACUGAAUUAUGGUCCGAAACAGACCUGAGAAUUGAUUUAAUUAUUGUUUAAGUUUUCAUUGUGGCAGCAUUCCUAGCUCGAAUCAGAAUAAGAAAACGUAAUAUUUUUUGUGAAAUACAGUACCUGAAAUUGUAUAUUGGUAAUUGAUUAUUAUUAUUUAAGUUGUAUUAGGUUGAUGUAAUUUUAGUACUAUAGUGUUUCUGUGACAAAUAUAUAAUCCAGUCAGUAAUAUAUGUUGUAAAAAAAUAAUUUAAAUUAAUCAUAUUGGGUUCCCGUUUCUUACAAAUAUUGUUUUUAAGUAUUUUGUGACAGACUGUAUAUUUCCACAAAGAUUUUCUAUGUCAAGUGGGGGUGUGCCAGCAUGUAGAUGUAAUCAAAAUCACAUGUGGACUUUUACCAAGAAGUUGCGUAGUUCCAUUCAAUCUAAUAUUUGUCUACCUGACUGCCUUUUCCAAAGUAAUAUUAAAGGGGAGACAGCCCAUCUCACUGUCUUAAACCGUUAUUAAUAUCAAGGAACGUAGAGAUUUCUUCUUAUGUGUGUGUGUGUGUGUGAGAGAGAGAGAGAGAGAGAGAGAGAGAGAGAGAGAGAGAGAGAGAGAGAGAGAGAGAGAGAGAGAGAGAGAGAGAGAAGAUGGCUUGGAAGCAGGUCAUUUAGCUACAGGUUUUUAUUGUUUUUUUUUUACCGUGAUCUAGUAGUUUUGUUAUAUCUAUAACUAAUCUAUAACUACUGUUUUAUUUAAAUGACAAUAUUUAUUUCUUUCAAAUAGUCAAUCAGUAAGUUUUAUUAUUCUUAUUUCAUCGAAUCUUAGUAAAUACUCUAUACUAAUUGGAAAAUGCAUUCGUGCUUUUUGUAGGCUGUGAAACUGAAGUUGUUGAUGUAAAGAAAAAUAAAAAUUUUGCCUUGAAAUGUUGUUCCAUUGUUUUUCCCAUAUUUUAAUAUUCUACCUUUAACGUCAUUUCAUCAAUCGAUAAAAUCUGAGUUGAGUUUUCUUCUUAAAUUCUAACGCAGGAGCUUACGUUUUGCAUUAUAUGGUCAGUUUGUCAAUGUAUGACUUACGUUUAAAAUCUCGUUAUAAAGUUGAUUUGAUCGUGUAGUUUAAGGUAUCCUACAAGCAGCACUUCGCAGCCUUCUCUGUCUCUCUAUGAUUUUAAUAAUUCGUUGUUCUCAUUCUUAUGUUUCAAGCCAAUUUGCUUUAUUAUUGGUGUCGUUUGUAUCACCUCCUUGGAUCGUAUUUGUACAUAUUAUUAUAUCUGCAACUUAUUAAUCGGGUAAAAUUGCAGAUAUCUGCGUAUAAUAUAUUUUCCCUCUAUCUACUACACUUUUGUUAGUGCCCCACUUAUUUACCUCAAUUUUUGUACGCCUCUUUAACAUGAAUGUAUGUGGUUAAGAAGAAAGUAUAUUAUUUAUUAACUACAAUUGGUUAGAAAUGUUUUAAAUUAAUUUAUUAUACAGGGCAUAUAUUAAGGACUCAAUAUACUAAAAUAUUAAAUAUGUCAUCUGAAAGUUGUAAUUAUCGAUUAAUUUUUUUAGUAUCAGUAUGAAUUAUUGGCUUUUGAGAUGACUUCGUUCUUUUCGAUAGGUGUUUUAGUGUAGAGUCUAGGAUUGUUUGUCACUUGGUAUAGGAUACAGAGAGCAAUGAUUUUUCACUUCACCUCACAUCUUUGCAUAUUUAUAAAAAGCACCAAGUUCUGACAUUCCGAGUCAAAUUGUUAUCAUAUAGCAAUAGCAACAGUUCGGGACUGUAAUACGUAGUUCGGAAUCUGCUAAUAAAAUUUUUAGAUACAGGGUGGCCUACCUUAUAGAAUCAAUAUAAAAUUAAAUUAAACAUUAUGUGGUUUAUUUUAAUUUUUAAAUCUGCUGAAAACAUAGCAUUUUGCUAAAUUUUUUCAAAAUCUUAUUUUAAGACUUGUUGGUUUAUUUUUUUAUCCGCAGAUGAGUAAUUACUCUAGAUUCAUUUUUCGAAAUCAUUAAAAUGUUGUCACAAGUUUCUCCACAGUACCGUAAGACCAAGUGUAUCAUGAAAUAAUAGACGCAAUGAAAAUAAAUGUGACGUGGGUUUUUCAAACCGUACAUUAGUCAAAAAGGGAUUUGUUUCCUAUCUUACUACAAUAGUUUGAUACGAAAAUGUGACUGGUAGUUCCUUCAGAACAACAGACCCUGUAAAACACAGGUUAAAAUAAAAUAAAUGUAUUCUUGUUAUUCGUAUACAAAGUAAAAUAAAAAUGAUAAAAUAAAACAAUAUCCCGGCUUUGCUCCGCCCCCGUAGGGCUCCCUUGGCGAACGUCUGUAAAAGAAAAAUAAAAUUGUAUUUAUGUGCAAUUACGCACAUACUCACACUUCAAUCCAGUGGUAGCAACCGUUCACUACACGGUUACACGGAUUUUGUUUAGUUACGAGCGAAGCAUCUCUUCACUACAGAGUUCUUUCGCCCAGAUUGCCUUACCAGUUCAGUACACUAGUUAGGCAGGGAGCCUAGAGCUUAACGCCGCAAGACUGACUGUUCUUCCUCGCUCGGCUCUCUUAAAUACCAUUUCGGCGGCCCCUCACCUGCUUCCAUCGGUAGUGGAGGGAGUCUAGUGGGAGUGCGUUGGAAGUGAUGCGCGCUCGGUUCCUUGCCGGUUGUCCGCUAGAGGCCCAUCAUGACGAGGAUAAUAGUAAAAAAAAUCUAAACGUGGUGGGAGACGGAGAUGGUCUAAACGUGGUUAACUCGCGUGUUGAAGAGACUACUAUUUAGAUCCAUAAACUUCUGUAAUAGUUAAUUAAAACGUUUUUAUAUACUUCAUUUGUUCUUUGUCUCUUUGUCACUUUGUCCGGGAAAAAUCUUCUAAGUAAUCGAUUUUAAACAUACCUACUUCCCGACUAGCUAGAGAUCUGAAAUUUUUAGAAUAACUCAGAACUCGAUGACAAUGCAAUAUUCUACAGCUUUUACAUGGAGGCAUUGAGUUUUAUUAUUCCAAAAAAUCAUAGUUAUUUUAAUACUGUUGCACUAGAACUUAUAUGCCAAGUAUUUAUCUCCAUACCACCAAUCCAAUAUGGUCUAGUGGCUAGGAUACCUGGCUUUCACCCAAGAGGCAGAAAUCCUUUUAUUUUUACAAUUGACAUUUUGAUUUGAUAAAUAAUUGUUUUUAUAAUACUUUUUUAUAUUGUGUCCUAUAAAUAACAAAAAUGUGGUGUUAUAAAAAUUCUUUUUUAUAAAAGUGUAAUUAUUAUAUUGUAAUGUUUAUUUCGAGAUUCCUAUUAAUACUUAGGUAUAUUUAAAUAAAUAAAAACACUGAAUUUAUAUUCUUUAAUUACAAACUAAUUUAAAAAUGUAUACAAAAAUCAAACAUACUAAUUCCACUACCUAAAAUAUAAUUUUUUUCAAUAUUACAAAGUUUAAUUUAUUAUUUAACCCGAUCGCGUACAACCACACUGAAUUCGUCCCAACUUAAAUGGGUAUUUAUAUAGACUACUAUCGUGUUCUCGAAUCCCAUGGAUGAUUUCUACCGAUUGCCAGAAAAUUCACGAUGAAAGAAUACAGCUACUAGGGAGUAGCAGUUAUUUCAGAUUGUAAACAGCCUGUGGAAUAGAAAAGAACAUAUCGAUUAAUCUCGAAAGAAAUGUUGUUUGUUUACCUGCUUCCGGUCCUCCUACUAUCCCAGGUAGAAAAGAAAAAAGAAAAUUCGGCAAGGUAAUAUUUUCGCCGCUUGGGGUCAAUGAAUGGCUAGGUACACAAUAAUAUCAUUAGCUGUAUUCGCUCUGCAAUCUCGAACUUACCCACAGAGAGAACGCCUACGCAUUACAAAAUUGGACGUUCAAUAUGGUCGAAUUUUUCCCUCUGAACACCUAAAGCGCAGGCGAUCUCCCUCUGGGUAAGUUCAGGAUACGUUCGGGACAUGCAGCGCGAAUACAGCUAUUGCCUAUUUAUGUUUAUUCGCUAUGUGCAAGUACUUGGAGGGAAUAUGAGAAACGAUCGUGCGCAAAUAUCGGAGAAAUCUUGGAACUUUCUUAAAUAAUUCAUAUUGUCAAUUGAAAUUGUCAAAUUGACGUAUAUUUCACCCUGCCUACUGUCAUUGAAGAAGAAAAAUUAUAUGUUGCUCCAUAACCAGGACUAAUAUAAUUGGCCAAUACAAUUAAAAGUGCUAAAAAAUGUUGCUGAGCUAUGAAACCAGGUGUCGCUUUUCCUAACUUGCACGAUCCCAAUAACCGUUGUGUCUAUUAUAUUUAUUUUCAAGAAGCGUUAAAGGUAUUGGAAACUAUUAAGUGUUAGAUUGUUAAAUGUUCAGGACGUAGCGGAAGGUCAUUGCUCUCGUUUAAAAUUUUGGAAUUUAUAUCUUGAUGGUGGUUUCGUGAAGAUUUGAUAAAUAUAGUGGAGUUGCACUUACCAAAUAAAGAUUUAAGAUUGUUAUGUUAAUAUAGCGGCUUACAUUAUAUCGGAUGUAGAUGGAAUGAAAAAAAUAAAGAGAGAUUAGAAAUUACUGUAAAAGAUUCUAUAACUAUAGACCGAUAAGUGAAUGCAAAAUCGUUUGGUUUUUAUACUAACUAAACCUGGUUAUUUAUUUAAUAAAAAACUGGUUGUAUGAAAAAACAAUUGAUUUGAUCUAUCCACAUUAGAUCUUGCUAUUUUUUCGAAGCGUAAUUUGGAAAUGUUUAGCUUAAGUUGUACUUCAAAUAUAAGAGUCCUUAUAAACCAGCUUGAUGCAUUUCGCAUUUGAUUUUUUUUAUUAUAUUCGGUUUCACAAUGUAUUUCAAAAAAUUGUGAACGCCAUAAUGAACGGUAUUAGUAUCAAGUGAUAUUUCAAAAAUUCAUUUUAUAUUAAUUUCCAUUCCCAUCAUGGCAAUCUUUAACUUAUCUGCAUCAACGCGAAAAAGCUGCGCGGAUGUUGUGUUAAAUCAGGUUCUGACGUUCUUCAACCAGGAUGUUCUUCUUCUUCCUGGACCUUGCUUUCCAAAUAUUUUUCGAGUGUUGUAACUUUCGAGAUUUCAUGGUAGUCUUUCUUCUGAGGACCUCCUCAUUUGCCACUCGAUUAGUCCACGGGCUUUUAAGUGUUCUCCAAUAUAGCCACAUCUCAAAUGCUUCCACUUUUCUGCACAUAUCUUCGUUCCGGGUCCACGAUUCAACGCUAAAAUAAAGGACAGAGAAGACGUAGCAUCACAGCAUUCUUAUUUUUAUGCCAAGUGGCUCUUGAAGAAGGCUCCCAUCCGGUUGAAGGUGAAUCUAGCUUUUUCCAUACGUGCUCUUAUCUCUUGGUUGUUGGUCAAUUCUUCAUUAAAUUAAUAAUGGUGCCGAGGUAGUUGUAGUGAGACAUUCUUUCUACAGGAGUUUGGUUGACCUCCUGUUAUCUUUUUCGUGCUAAUGAUCAUAAGCUUUGUUCAUAAGGGAUUGCAGGUCCUCUAGGUUGUCCGCAAAUACUAUGGUAUUAUCUGCAUAUCCGAUAUUGAUCAGCCGGUACCUGUUUACUAGAAUAACUUUUUCAGUUUCGUACAAAGCUUUGAUAAAAAUUCUUUCAAAGUAGAUAUUGACGAUUAGAGGGACAAUCUAAUUGUAAUAAGUUGACUAUAUACGUGGAUACUUUUGGUACCUAACUGCUAUUAUUAUCACAGUUAUCCUAUUAUCUGCGCCAUAAACCACUUUUAAUAAUUAUUAGUCACUUCACUUGAAUUUAACAGUAUUCAUUCUGAAGGUACUAAUUCUAAAAUAUACCUAUUUCAAAGUGCCCUUGCAAUGAUAAACGAGAAAAAUCUGGCUUUAAUAAUGGUCUUAUUCAAUUCUUAUUUUCCCGUCAUUCUCGUACGCUGGCUUACACAUCAGACUUAUUUCCAGCCAAUUCUGUAAUAAAACUGAUCAUGUCGUGUGUACACCUGCAGUGAUAAAAGCAUACAACCCUGUCUCGUCCAAAUUUAAGAUUAAUUUGGAAUUAUAAAACGGCAAAAUUUUAGUUAUCCAUAUAAAAAAUAAUUACGAAACAAUACUAAAUCAGUGUUGGUUCUCUUUGCCAAAAAAACUUUUAUAUCUUUACGAUUUUGCAGUCACUACUGGGAUUAAUUCUUUAGUGUAGAAGAGAUUCAUGAUGGAAAAAGUCUAUUUUAUUAUAUUAUACUUAAUUUUUAUAAACUUAAAAUCAUGAUAAUUAUUGUAAUUGUUAAUUGUAAUUUUACUGCUCCAUUGUUCAGAAUUUAUUUUAAUCUCAAUGAAAUUUGCUUAUAUGCAUUAAAAGGUUUUUAUUUUUAUACAGAGUGAACCAAAACUUAGUUACAUUUGAACCGAUGAUAUAAAGUCUUUUAACGGAUCAUGCCACUCAUAAUUCUCCAACAUACUGUUGUUUUUUGACAAAUGUCUAUCUGUCUAACAUUUACUUGUAUUAGAUAGUAUUUUAGCGCCACCAACUGAUAAGGAAUCAAAUUUACCAAAAUAGGCCACAAUUUAAGUUUAAAAUUAAAUUUAUUUGACGUUUCGACUUUCACUUCGAAAAUCGUUAUCAAAAUACAAAACACUAAUAAAUCAAACACAUUUUGUUUUUGUUGCUUUGUCUUUAUCUUCCAAUAAAGUCGUCCCAGGAACGCAACUCAUGAAUAUUGGCAAUAUCGUUUUUAAGUCAUCUACUUUAAAAUGUAUCUAUGAAUGUCUGAAUUGUCAAUAUGCGUGAGUCAGAUAAAAUUAAAUUAUUAGAAGAAUUUUUUUACCAAGCAGCAAAAAAAUUGUUUAAUUUAUUAUUUUGAUAAUGAUCUCCGAAGUGGAAGUCGAAACGUCAAAUAAAUUUAAUUUCAAAUUUAAAUUGUAGCUUUAUUCCCAGAUAAGAUAGUAAAAAGGAAUAAUAGAAACAAAAGAGAUAUUUUAAGCAGAAUAACCGAAUAGUCAGAAUAUGUUGAAACAGAUCACCAAUAGAGCGAAGAGCAUCGAGUGAUCUAAAAUACGAUGGUGUGACUAUUUAGAAAUUUAAAUGUGCAAAAUGACGAAUAUAAAAAUAAUAAAUAAAUAUCUGAAGAUUUAAUAUUCAUGAAGAUUUAAUAUUAUACUAGUUCAUACAGUUACAAUUUCCAAACCCCCUCUGUGGCUCAGUGGUAAGAGAGGGAGGAGGCACCGCAGACGUUCAGGUACAAUUAGCGUCUGUAAAGACAAUGCAGUCGAACUUUACUAAGCAACAAGACAUUUACUCAACACACACACUACACAUUACACUAUCUGAUUGUGAAAGCAACAGUACCAUGCCAAUGGCCAUUGGUUGUCGAGGCAUUAAGCUAAAUAAAAAUAAAUACGAUCAAAUAACAAGAGAAAUACACAGGUCCAACAGAAUUUAAAUUUGUUUAAUUUUAAAACAACUGUUAUUCAAAGGUGUUAUGUUUUAUGUGAUUACUCAAGACGUUUAUGUUCAUCGUCAAUCUAACUUCCCACGCAUUAUAUUUGUCAAGGUCUAUACAGUUGGGUAACUUAGUUUUGAGUCGCUCUGUAUUUUGUUUGCGGUUGUAAGUACGUUUUUGAAUUGCCUCUUGUGAUCCAAUGGUUUGAACAUUGUGAUAAAUCUCACCAGAGAGAGGAAGUUAGGUGUUAUAACAUUUAAUAUUUGCUAUUCAACUUUGUACAUUACCGGUCUCUUAAACAGAUAUUGGUGAAAUAUUUUGGUUUCUGUUUAUUUUUCUACUACAUCCAAAACUUUACUAUUGCGUUUUUAUGAUUUUAUUUUUACCAAACAAAAUUUGAGGUAAUAUCAACAGCAAUAAAGAAUACAUAUUAGGAGUACAAAUGAGAUAAUAAGAGAAAAGUGAAAGACGACAAUUGUAGAAGGAGUGAGUAAAGGAAUAAAUAAGUGUAUUAUUAAUCAUACAGAACAAGUAAAAACUUCGUUUGUUCAAUGGUAUAAAAAGUUUAUUAAAAAACUAUUAAAAAGUCAUCCCAAAGGAUUCGCAAAAGGUUUUCGAUCUAGAUCAGAUCAUCUUCAAUGCGUUCUGCUUAGUAGAUGAAACUAGCAACCUUAUAAAAUAGGGCUUUUCAUCGAUUGUCAUUUGUUUCGAGCUUCUGUCAAAUGUCGUAUAAUCCGUGUAUAAUAAAAAAUAUACACGGAUUAUACAACAUAUGACAAAAGCUCGAAACAAAUGACUGAAUGAAAAGCCCUAUAGGUGACAUCGAGAAAUAUGAUUUACAUGUUGAAAAUCUGAUGUUAGUAGCGACUCUAAGUCGAUGUUAAAAGAUAAAUUUAGUGCUCAAAGGGCAACAUGAUUCACUGCUCGAUAAGAACUACACGUUCAGCAGUGAAUUAUGUUGCCCUUUGAGCCCUAAAUUUAUCUUUUAACCUCGACUUAGAGUCGCUACUAACAUCAGAUUUUCAACAUGUAAAUCAUAUUUCUCGAUGUCACCUAUUUUAUAAGGUUGCUAGUUUCAUCUACUAAGCAGAACGCACUGAAGAUGAUCUGAUUUAGAUCGAAAACGUUUUGCGAAUCCUUUAGGAUGACUUUUUAAUAGUUUUUUUAAUAAACUUUUUAUACCAUUGUACAAACGAAGUUUUUACUUCUGUAUGAUUUUUAAUUAUGGUAUAAGCCAACUACUGGGAUUUUCCCAUUGAUUUUGUUUAAGUUUAUUAUUAUUAUUAUCCCCGCUAUUUAUAGCGUUCUUCGCCUUCCGGUUAUCAGUUUCCAGCUUCGUCGGUCAUUCCAUUCGCCAUGGUGAAGAUUCCUUUCCGACAUCGCCAUCUGAAUGCCGCCUAGCUAGGAUUGUUUCAGCCUUCCUCUCUUCCUUCUUUCCCUUGGCGUCCAUUUUAGAAUUUGUUUUGGCAGUCUGUCGUCGUCCAUUCUUUCUACAUGACCAUACCAGAUCAGUUGUCUCCUUUGAAUUUCGUCUAUGAUGGUUGAUUUGACUCCCAUUAUAUUUCUGAUUUGGUUAUUUUGUAUUCUUUCAAGCCUUGAUUUUAUAGCCAAUCUUCUCCAGAAAUCCAUUUCCAAUGCAAGUAGGCGUCGUUCCAGGAAUUUAGUAAGCUGCCACGUUUCGCAUCCAUAGAGCACUAUACUUUUAAAGAUGGAGUUAAAGAUGAGAUGUUUUCUUUGAUUAGAUAGUUCUUUUGACCAUAGCAUGGAGUUUAGGCAUCCAAUCACCCUUUUUCCUUUCACGAUCCUUUGCUCUAUCUCUUUUUCGGUGCGCCCACUCUUGUUGAUUGUUGUUCCCAAAUAUACAAUAUAUUCCUCACAGUUCUUGAUUGUUUCUUGUUCGUUAACUAUUAGAUCUUGUACUUCAGUCCCGAUGCAUAAGUAUUAGCUAGAAUGUCGGAUAACAGAUGGACACAGCGAAUAAUACAGUGGAGUCUAAGACAAUAAGCACAUCAGAGUAGAGGUUGUCCGCCAACAAGAUGGUUUGAUGACAUAAAAAUUGAAUGCAAACAGCACACAACAGGAAUAAAUGGAACAGAUUGAGGGAGACCUAUAUCCAGCAGUGGAUAGAUCCGUGUUGAAUGAUGAUGAUGAUGACAUGCAAAUACCCUUCCUAAAACCAACAUUUUGCAUGCUUCAAUUUUAUUUACUGAUUUUACUUUUAUUGACCAUGUCUCUGUACCACACAAUAAUAUUGGCCACACCUAAACCAUAUGAACUCUAAAAUUUAAAGACAUCUCUGCAACAAAAGCUGCCUUAUAGUCCAUGUGGUGAGACCGCUCCCAUCUGGAAAAAUUUCUGACUCGGUUUCUUUGUGGAUUCCUAUUCAAAAAUGUCCCCUUUAAAAAAGUCUGAAGGGUGCCGGGCGGAAUUUUUGGGCAGAAAUUGUUACAAUUUUUUUAAACAAAUACAAAAGAUCACGUUUUUUGCUUCGGAGUAUACAGGGCGAGGCAGAUAAAGGGCCUAUUAGAAAUAUCUCGAGAACUAAAGGUAACAGACCCAUGAAAAUUGGCACGAAGGGGUUUUGAAGAGUGAUCUAUUUAAUGAAAAUAUUCUUAUCUAUUUGCUCCUUCCGGUUAUACCGGAAGUUGCCUAUAACUUCGUUUUUUUAAAUGGGACACCCUAUAUAUUUUUACAUUUUUGGAUUCUACUCGAAGUCUUAUUUCUUAAAAUAUGAGGUUUUGAAUUGUUAUACAGGGUAGUUUAAAAGAUAAUUAAGUUCUUUUAUUAAUUUCGUAGCAAUUUUCACACCCUGUAGAAUUAAAGUAGUUUGACAUAAAAAACUUCAUUUAUGUUCAAAUGAUUUUUAAUAUAGUCUAAUAUUGUCAGAAAUUAUUAGUAUAGCUAAUUGUUGAAUUUUAGUAUACAGGGUUGGUCGAAACUCGGAAUGAGUAUUUUCCGAGUUUUCUUAAAUGGAACACCCUGUAUUUUAGUAUUGUAUUGAAAUGAUAUUUUAUGGUACUUUUUUAUUUCUUAAGCAUUCCCUAUACCUAACUGCUUUAAUUUGUGCUUAAUUGUUAAUCGCACCAAGAAUCUUAACUACGUAAGUAUUUUGAUAGCUCAACCAUUAUUGGAAAUUUUAACGAUCGGUCUAGAUAAAUAUGUAUUUAUUUCCGAAAAAUUAUUUGUGACUGAAUAUUUUCAAGGCCAACCUAAUAAAAUUUCACGUAUUUUUUGUUGCAAUUAAUGUUUGGCUUGAAUCACCAAUAACUCACAAAUUAAAGCAGUUAGGUAUAGGGAAUGCUUAUAAAAUGAAAAAGUACCAUAAAAUAUCAUUUCAUUACAAUACUAAAAUACAGGGUGUUCCAUUUAAGAAAACUCAGAAAAUAUUCAUUCCGUGUUUUGACGAACCCUGUAUACUAAAAUUCAAUAUAUAGCUAUACUAAUAAUGUUUAACAAUAGUAGACUAUAUUAAAAAUCAUAUGAACGUAAAUAGAGUUUUUGAUGUCAAAGUACUAUAAUUCUACAGGGUGUGAAAUCUGCUACGAAAUUAAUAAAAACACGUAAUUAUCUUUUAAACUACCCUGUAUAAUAAUAUAAAACCUCAUAUAUUAAGAAAGGAGACAUCGAGGAAAAUCCAAAAAUGGAAAAAUAUACAGGGUGUCCCAUUUAAAAAAACGAAGUUGUGAGCAACUUCCGGUAUAACCGGAAGUAGAAAAUAGAUGAAAAUAUUUUCAUUAAAUAGAUCACUCUUCAAAACCCCUUCAUUCCAAUUUUCAUGAUUCUGUUGCCUUUAGUUCUCGAGAUAUUUCUAAUAGGCCCUUUAUCUGCCUCACCCUAUAUAUUUUUAAGUUUUGUGGGUCAUUCUAAAAAAGAAAGGUAUCUUGUAAAUUUUCUCAAAAAUUGAUAGUUUUCGAGUUAUAGGCGAUUUACAAUCUGAAAAAUGCGAAAAUACGCGUUUUCGAGGCCUAAAAAUUCAUAUUUACAUUAGUAUUUUUGAGGUUGCCAGAUACUUAAAUUGAAGUUUAAACAUUCAGCUUCAAGAUCCUGAAGAGUGGUUGCAUCUAACCUUAAUUUAUACGGUCGUUUUUUAAUUGUUAAAUAUGCAUGUCCAUCCGAUUUUUUUGACGGUGCGGCGCGCUCUAUUUCAAAAAUCUCCAAUUUUCUUCCGAAAGAUAUUUUUUCUAGAUUCUUUGGGAUAUUCUAAAUAAAAUGAGUUUCUUGACAUUUUUCUCAAAAGUUAAUAGUUUUAAGGGAUAAGCGAUUUAAAAUCCGAAAAUGCGUUUUUUUGGCAUUUUUCGGAUUUUAAAUCGCUUAUAACUUUAAAACUCUUAACUUUUGAGAAAAAUGUCAGGAAACUUAUUUUUUUUUUAGAAUAUCCCAAAGAAUCUAGAAAAUAUAUUUUUCGGAGGAAAAUAGGAGAUUUUUGAAAAAGAGCGCGCCGCACCGGCAAAAAAAUCGGAUAAACAAGCAUAUUUAACAAUUAAAAAACAACGGUAUAAAUUAAGGCUAGACGCGAUAACUCUUCAGAAGCUUGAAGCUGAAUGUUUAAUCUUCCAUAUAAGUAUCUGACAACCUCAAAAAUACUAAUUUAAAUAUGAGUUUUUAAGCCUCGAAAAUGCGUAUUUUUGCAUUUUUCAGAUUUUAAAUCGCCUAUAACUCGAAAACUAUCAAUUUUUAAGAAAAAUUACAAGAUACCUUUCUUGUUUGAAAUGACCCAAAAAACCUAAAAAUAUAUGUUCCAGGCAAUAAAACGUGAUCUUUUGUAUUUGUUUAAAAAAAUUGUUUAAACAAUUUCUGCCCAAAAAUUCCGCCCGGCACCCUUCAUUCAGAUUUGUUUAAAGGGGACAUUUUUGAAUAGGAAUGCACAAAGAAACCGAAUCAGACAUUUUUUCAGACGGGAGCGGUCUCACCACAUGGACUAUUAGCCAUUCCUACUUUUAUUUUAAUUUCCUCAUCACAAUCCCACUCAUCAAUGUACAGGGCUGAUUGACAGGGCAGGGCUCAUUGAUGACAAUAUAGAGCCCCGUCUGGCACCUUUCGGUAUUUGUACAUGCUCCUUUAAUCAUAAUAUAUUGAUUUUAAUUUCGGCCAUCUAUUUCCAAUAGAGGGAUUUAAUAUUCUGAAAGGUCUCUUUCAUCGACACUUUUGUAAUUUUAAUGGACAUAAGAAGACUAUGGCGUACAUUAUCGAAAGCCUUUUGGUAGUCGAUAAAAUGAUCUGUUUUGCCUUUUGGUAGUCGAUCGUGGCACGUUCUUGUCUCAGGGUCGAAGAUUCACAUCCGUAGGUCAAUAUAGGGAAUAUUAAACAGUUGAUCAACCUUAUCUUUAACGCUUUUUUGACAGUACUUCCAUAUUUUGGUCAAUUUUGCUGUGGCAACUUUUGCUAGGAUCACAUCUACGUUUAAUCUCUUCCUGUAAUAACACUGUGUUUGUGAUCAAUGAUCCCAUAUGUAAGUAUGAGCUCACAACCUCAAACCGGUCGAAUGUUGUUAUAGUUGAAAGACUGAUGUGGUUAUGUUUGGAUGAUUGUUAUGUAGUCUAUCCACUAUCAUGCUCUUUGUCUUUGAUAAUUUUUAAUUGCAGACCAAAUAUUUGACUUCCGUUUUUGACCACCGUUAUAAGAUCAAUAAGAAUGCUAAGAGACUACGUAUUUAACACGCUAUUAUACGGUGUAGAGGCCUGGACUCUUAAACAGAACAACAUAAAAAAUAUUGAAAGUUUCGAGAUGUGGUGCUACCGUCGAAUGAUGUCGAAAGAAUCACAAAUCUUGAAGUAAUACGAAGUAUAGGAAGAGACCCAGAAAUUUUGUUAACAAUAAAACGAAGAAAACUCGAGUAUUUGGGUCACCUGAUGAGAAGAUAAAUACGCAUUACUUCAAAAUAUAAUGCAAGGAAAAUAGAAGGAAAACGGAAUCCAGGCCGUAGAAGAAUGUCAUGGUUGCGGAAUUUGAGAGAGUGGUUUGGCUGCACCACUAAUGAACUUUUUAGGUCAGCUGUAAACAAGGUCAGGGUAGCCUUGAUGAUUUCCAAUCUCCGAUAGGAGUGGCACAAGAAGAAGAAGAUAAGAUCAAUCGGCUCUGCUUGACUAUUUGCAAGAAGGGCUGUGUCAUCUGCGAAACGUAGGUUGUUUGUUUUAUGACCCUUUAUUGAGAUGCCAUUUUUCCAUCAUUCAAGUGCUCUUCUCAAAAUAUGCUAGAGUAUAAGAUAAGAACAGAAUAUUAUCUUGGUUUUAAACAUGUACAAUAAUUCAUAUUAUCUCAUUGGUUAAGUAAACUCCUACUCAAUGACAAUUGGUAUCACUAUUACGGGAUAUACUCCUCGAAAUUUUGUUUUAGACUCGAUUUUUCCGAGAGUUUUAGCACACUAUUUUUGAUUGAUUUAAAUUUACAUUUUGUUUUAAUAUAUUAUUAAUUAGUUAAAAUAUGAUAUAAAUAUUUUACAUAAAAUUGAACUCCGUGUGUAACGUUAGUACACUGCACUGGUUAUUAUAUUAUACAGUUCUAUAAUAUAAUAAUUAGGUUAUUGUUUUUUCUUUUUGAGACCAACGUUUAAUAAUUGAGUUGUACUAAGUUGAAUAGCAAAUAUUAAAUCAAGUUCAUGUACAAUUUUGUUUUUAAUUUGGGCGUUCUUAACAAAUCAUUUAUAAAUUAAUCUAGUGUAAUUAUUAUUUGACAUAGAUCUACCAUUUUUUUAGCAUGGUAUAUUUGUAAAUAAGUUAUAUACAUAUGUUAUGAUUUAUUCAAUAAAAUACUAAUAAUGUA